CUUGAUGAUUUCAUGAAUUUCAACUUUAUACAAUUUUCUCUAUCUUAAGCCAUCUCUACAUCAUUCAUAUUCAUACUAUAUAAAACUACACUUUUUUUUUUCUUUUCCCUUCCCAAGUUUACCCAAAAACCAUAGAUUAGUUAUCACUUUCAAGUAUCAAAAUUCUUAGUUCUCAACUAUGGGUGGUGACAAGACUGAGAAGAUUACCAUAAUGUUGCUAAAGGUUGAUCUUCAAUGUUCAAGCUGCUACAAGAAAGUCAAAAAAAUUCUCUGCAAAUUCCCUCAAAUUCGAGACCAAACGUAUGAUGAAAAGGCCAAUAUUGUCACCAUCACUGUAUUGUGUUGCAAUCCUGAAAAAAUUCGUGAUAAAUUGUGUUGCAAAGGAGGGGGUGUAAUCAAGAGCAUUGAGAUCAAAGAGCCUCAAAAGCCCAAGGAACCCGAAAAGCCCAAAGUGCCUGAAAAGCCUAAAGAGCCCGAGAAACCCAAGGUGGUGGUUGUGGAGAAGCCUAAAGAGCCUGAGAAACCCAAAGUAGUGAUCGUGGAAAAGCCUAAAGAACCUGAGAAACCCAAAGUGGUGGUUGUGGAGAAGCCUAAAGUACCUGAGAAACCUAAAGUGGUGGUUGUGGAGAAGCCUAAAGAACCUGAGAAACCUAAAGUAGUGGAAAAGCCUAAAGAACCGGAGAAACCCAAAAUAGUGGUGGUGGAGAAGCCUAAAGAGCCCGAAAAGCCCAAACAACCCGUGAAACCCAAGGAACCAGAAAAGCCAAAGGAGGUUCAGAAGCCCAAAGAGCCCGAGAAGCCCAAAGAAGCACCUAAACCAACACCAAUAGCUCUACCCCCACAACCACAACCACACUUCCCGCCAGUUCCAGAGCCAGUGAUUGUGAUGCCAAUUCAAGGAUAUCCACACCAACCCUCUCCGGGGAUGUAUUGUUGUGGGCAAUGUUACGGAGGCUAUACUGGAGGCCCGUGUUAUCAUGAUAAUUGGUACGGAAGACCAGUACAACCACCUCCACCACCACCAUGCUACGACACAUAUUCAUACGGUUAUGGGCCCGGGCCCGGACACGGGCCCAUACCGUAUGGACUUCCAAAGGGAUGUUAUGUGAACAAAUGCGAUUACUUUAGUGAAGAGAAUGCAUCUGGAUGCUCAAUUAUGUGAAUCUAUCAUGUUGGGCCAUACUAGGGCCCAUAUUACAUGUUAAUUGGGUCUCCUCACCAAAAGUCCAAAACAAAGUUUGGAUCUAUCUGGCUUUCCAUCUUUUUGUAUGUAGAUUACGUAUAGUAGAAAAUAAAUACAUAAGUUCCUACUUUUAAAAUAAAAGUUGAUAAGAGAGAAUAAUUUGGUGACCAGACUACUGGUUAACUGUCUUGUUACAUAAUUACUUAAAAAGUUUAUUAAUAAAAGCAUUUUGUUAAUCAUU